AUGACGUCAGCAGAAGGCCCCAACGUGGUGCGUAACGUAACAUUCCAUUCAGAGAAGAGGAAAAGAUGGCGUCCUCGAACAAUCCCCGUAAAUUUAGCGAAAAAAUCGCUCUGCACAACCAGAAACAGGCGGAGGAGACUGCGGCAUUCGAAGAAGUCAUGAAAGAUUUGAAUAUUACCAGAGCAGCGCGGUUGCAGUUACAGAAGACCCAGUAUUUGCAACUAGGGCAGAAUCGUGGACAGUACUAUGGAGGCUCACUGCCCAAUGUCAAUCAGAUUGGAAAUGGCAACAUUGACCUGCCUUUUCAGAAUUCAGUGCUGGACACCAGUCGCACAACCAGGCACCAUGGUUUGGUGGACCGCGUCUACCGCGACAGGAACCGCAUCACAUCCCCCCACCGCCGACCUCUGUCAGUUGACAAACAUGGACGCCAGAUUGACAGCUGCCCCUACAGCUCAGUUUACCUCUCCCCGCCACCGGACACAAGCUGGAGAAGGACAAAUUCAGAUUCUGCCUUACACCAGAGCGCCAUGAAUCCUAAACCCCAAGAGGUGUUUGCUGGUGGAUCACAGGAGUUUCAGCCUAAACGAGUGCCCGGGAUGGAGAGCCCGGAGUCGAACGCUGACAAGGAAGCACAGAAACAGCUCUGGGAUGAUGAGAAGGAGGAUUCACCAAACCCCAACCAAUGUGAUGUACCAGGAAUUAAUAUAUUCCCAUCACCAGACCAGGAACUGAACCCAUCAGUGCUGCCCGCUGCACACAAUACAGGCGGCUCGUUGCCGGAUCUUACCAACAUUCAGUUCCCUCCCCCACUGUCCACUCCACUGGACCCUGAAGACACGGUGUCCUUCCCGUCCCUCGGGUCGUCCAACAGCACAGGCAGCCUGACCACCAACCUCACCCAUCUGGGCAUUAGCGCGGCCAGCCAUGGGAUCCCUACUUCCUCCCAGCCAAACAUGACUCUCUCAGAACAGCGGCGUCAGCCUCCCGUGGUGCCACUUACUCUCACCACUGACCUCCACCUUCAGAAUUCUACGCAGCAGCUGUCACCCACUCUCUCCUCACCUGUUAACAUUACACAGGUCUUGCCAACCGAACUGACCUUAGAGCAGCAGCUUGCCCAGUUCCCACUUUUCAACCAGCUCACAGCUCAGGUCCAGGCACAGUUGCUCAACGACCUGCAGAAGCAGACGCAGCAGGGCAUUCAGCUUAUCACCCUGCCGACGCCUCCCUCCACCGGUACAGUUACUGCCACUGCCAGCAGCCCCUCCCCAGACAGCCAGACCUCAGCCAGCAUCAGCUCGUACCGCAAUCAGACUGGCUCACCAGCCACUCAGUCUCCAACCUCCCCAGUCUCCAAUCAAGGCUUCUCCCCUGGCAGCUCGCCUCAACACAUUUCCGUGGUGGGGAGCAUAUUUGGUGACUCUUUCUACGAUCAGCAAGUGGCAUCAAGGCAGACCAAUGCUCUCUCCCACCAGUUGGAGCAGUUCAACAUGAUUGAAAACCCCAUAAGCUCCACCAACCUGUAUACGCAGUGCUCCACCCUCAACUAUACACAAGCCGCCAUGAUGGGUCUAAGCGGGAGCAGCCUACAAGACUCUCAGCAGCUGGGCUACAGUAGCCAUGGCAAUAUUCCUAACAUUAUCCUAACAGUCACAGGUGAGUCCCCGCCGAGCCUCUCCAAAGAGCUCACCAAUUCGCUGGCGGGCGUCGGCGACGUCAGCUUCGACGCGGACUCUCAGUUCCCCCUGGAUGAGCUAAAGAUCGACCCCCUCACGCUGGACGGGCUGCACAUGCUCAACGACCCCGACAUGGUGCUGGCCGACCCCGCCACCGAAGACACGUUCAGGAUGGAUAGGCUGUGACGCGACAUGUCAACCGACUGUAGAAGAAAAACACUCCCAAAUUGUGAAAGGAGAGAGAGCGAGAGACCAAGGGCAGGGUCGAACCCUCUCCCUUGUUGCAUGGCCAUCCAGCAGUCUGACCUCGUCCUCGACUCCGUGAAAACCCUUUGAUACAAAAGACAGCAGGGAAAAGGACGUCCUGUGGCUUCCGGGGAAUGGCCUUGCUGUCCUUUAAGAGAUUGGCCGCUCGGCGCUUUUGCUAGCACGGCUGUGUUUACAGUGUACCAUUACAAACCACAUCUAUUCCAAAAAUGCAAUUUUUUUUCCCUUUUCAUAUCCACUUUAAUAUCUGUUUUUGUUUCUAUUUGCUUGUAGCAGGAAGCUGCAGAGACGUUGAACUGUAUCACACCGGCCAUGUUAAAGGAAAAAAAACAAAUCGGGUAGUCCUGCAACACAACAGCUGUCACACUCAAAGCUUUAUUUUUGACGACCAAAUGUUUUUUUCAUCAUGCGCUGUAUGUUUUGAUGUUGUACGUAUCGAUAUGUUUAUUUAUUAGAUUGAAUAUUUAUAUUUGAUUACCUUUGAUGCCAAAAUGCUUUCAGUAGGCAUCGUGUAAAAUUGCACUGAUGUUUGUUUAUGGAUUACCAAUGUAUUUAUUUCCGUCGUAUCUGUGUUUACGCUACUUGUUUAACGAAGGAGUGCAAAACCUCCCCAUAAUUGCUCUUCAGUGUUGGACGUGCCAUACUCUUUGCUGCAGCCCUGUAAUGACGUUCAAGUCAUGCGUAGUGCCGAAAAACACGCAGGGUUGUUUUUUGAUGAUCAGGUAUCACGACUUAACUGGAAAGCAUUGUUCGGAAAAAGAUACACAAACAUCACCAGACAAGUCUUUCUCUAAAGUGAAGGCGGCUGUCUGUUAUUUUAUUUUUUUUCCAGACCUUUUUGAAGUCGUCACUGUGAAAUCACCUGAUUUUGCCUUACGUGAGUAUUCUACUGUUAAGUGUCUAACGUAUUUUCGUAACAUUUUCUCGUACUUAAGAGAGGCAUAUCUUUUGUUCUGUGCUCUUUGUGAUUAUGUUGUGUAAGGUCUGAUAAAUCAAUGUACUGUA